CAAUUUAGACUGAUUAACACGCAUUUCGACCCUUUAAAAGUCAUCCUUAGAAAAAAAAAAAAGUUUCACUACAUUUCUCCCAAGCUAUAACCUAUCCGAUCCUGUCUUGCACUAUUGAACACCCCUCUGGAGUCUCGACUACGACUACGACUACCCCUAGUUGGGAAGGGGUCUUGGAUUAAACAGAAAAGAGAAAGAAAUCGUUAUCAUCUCUCACAAGUCACAAACAUACAGUGGGGAAAUACUUCUUCUGAGGUUUUGGGGUUUUCUUUUGCUGAAUCUUCUUCUCUUCUCCAUCUUCCCAACAAUGGCGCUACUACAUCAAGUGUGCUUUUUCCCACUUGCCCGCGCCUCAAUCCGCACACGCGCUUUAGCCCUCACAAUUUCCUCUCGUUCAUUUACGGUUGCUGCUACUGCUACUGCUACUGCUACUGCUACUCCUACUCGUACUACGACUACUGGUGUCAAAACGUCGCCGUCUAAACUCUCACAACCACGGCCAGCUCGUGCACCACUUUCUGACCCCCUUGUUCUUCUCGGCAUGUCUGAGCCAGAGCUUCAACAACUCGUUAUUGAUUUUGGCCAGCAAAGUUAUAGAGGGAAGCAGCUUUAUCAUCUAAUUUACAAGAGGAAGGUCAAGGAAAUUGAUGAACUCAUUCAAUUACCACAGGCAUUCAGGAAUCAGCUGCAAGAAGCAGGAUGGAAAAUGGGCCGUUCACCGAUUCAUCAUAUGGUUACUUCUACUGAUGGGACAAUUAAGUUAUUGUUAAAGCUGGAGGAUGGCAGAUUGGUUGAAACAGUUGGAAUACCAGUGACAGACGAGAGUGGUUCAGUAAGGCUUACUGCGUGUGUUUCAUCACAGGUUGGUUGCCCACUACGCUGCACGUUUUGUGCUACUGGAAAGGGAGGUUUCUCGAGAAACCUUCAGAAGCAUGAAAUUGUUGAACAGGUCUUGGCUAUAGAAGACGUGUUUAAGCAUCGCGUCACGAACGUUGUUUUCAUGGGAAUGGGGGAGCCAAUGAUGAACUUGAAAUCAGUUGUUGGAGCGCACCGAUGUCUAAACAAGGACAUACAAAUUGGGCAAAGAAUGAUCACGAUAUCAACUGUGGGGGUUCCUAACACAAUCAAGAAACUGGCUUCCUACAAGCUUCAAUCCACAUUAGCUGUCAGCUUACAUGCACCAAAUCAGAAGCUUAGAGAACAGAUCGUCCCAAGUGCAAAAGCUUACCCCCUGGAAGCACUGAUGAAAGAUUGCAGGGAUUACUUACUUGAAACUAACCGACGAGUGUCUUUUGAGUACACUCUUUUAGCUGGAGUAAAUGAUUCAGUAGAGCAUGCAAAAGAACUUGCUGAGCUACUACAGCAAUGGGGACGAGGUCAUCAUGUGAACCUGAUACCGUUCAAUCCAAUCGAGGGCUCUGAGUAUCGACGGCCCUACAGGAAGGCGGUGAUUGCCUUUGCUUCUGUUCUAGAGUCCCGCAAGAUAACGACAAGUGUACGCCAGACAAGGGGUCUCGAUGCAAGUGCAGCUUGCGGACAACUGCGAAAUGAGUUCCAGAAGACACCGUUGGUUAAAGAUGCCGUGUCUGAGAUUAAAGACGCUGAGACUAAGAUUAAAGACGCUGAGCCUGAGAUUAUGGAUGCUGAUACUGAGAUUAUAGAUGGUGCCUCUGAGAUUAAAAAAGAUGCUGACACUGAAAUUCAACAAUCUCAAGAUGUUGCUCUUGCUUGUUGAAUUAUUGAUGGCACCACUGGAUUCCAUAUUUGAUAUUUCACUUUUGCUAAUUAGGAUAUGGAGGAAACUUGCAUAAGCUAAUGCUGGUGAAAUGAGAAUGGGGCUGAGGCAAGGAUCUGUAACUGAUAUUGACAAGAAGAAACUAUUCCUCGUCGCUGCCUGGUUACAAGUUACAACUGCCUACUGCCUACUGCCUACUGCUUAUGGAUAUGGCUCUGAUGCUCGACAAAGAUGAGAUUUUUGAACAUGUGUACAGUUGUGUAAUAUCAACCAAAAUUAUACUUCUUUAGCAUAAAAGGAACCUUGUUACAUUUACAAUGGUAGAUGAUUUUGAUAAACCUAUGUUUUUUUUUUUUUUUU